AAAAGUAAUUUACAAAAAUAAAACCAUUUGUCUUCAAACAUGGCCACCUACUCAAACCAGCAUUGGCUGCUGUCCCACAUACGCAACUCCUUCAUCUCAACCGACGACACCGGGAUGUGCGAGACCGUGAUGCUGAGCGAUGACAUGCCAAAGCAUUAUUUGAGAAAAUUCAACUCUUCGGCUGGGGUGGAAUCUCACAGGCGGAGACCGUUGAAGCCGCCGCUGGCCAGUGCACUACCGGACAGAAAUACACGGCAUCCGGAUGCGCCAAUGCAGGAAGUGGACUUUAUGUGCUACCCCGGACUGGACCUGAGCGAUGAUGAGGAGGACAUGUCGACACACUCGUUCGACAUUCAGAUGUACCCCGAGGUGGGGGCGCAUCGUUUUCGGUCCAACACUGCCCAAAAGCUGGAGAAACUGGACAUUGCCAAGAGGAGGGCGGCGCGCAUCAAGAGCAUUAACUACAACGAGGAAGUGCAGCCGCCCGACGACAAAGAUUUCUUCAAGCGCAAGGAAAUACCAAAUAUCAAGCCAACCAUCCCAAAGGAGAAAAAGGCGAACGAUGAUGAGCUGUCCGACGAAGGGGUGCAGAGCAUGUUGACGGAACAACUGGCGAAGAGCCCCAAGCAGACGCAAAACAAGUUCAUCGAGUUCGCCCGCUUCGAUGGCACCUCUCAGGUGGGCAUGCAGACGAAGCGCAUCAAUGUCUAUCUAAACAUGCUGCCAGAGCCAGACCGAAACUAUCCCCUAAAGGUCUGCGUGCUCUCCACUGCCAAGAUCCAGGAGGUUAUUGGUUUCGUCUGCUAUAAGACCUCCCUGCAGUAUCCAGAUGUGCCACUGAAAUCGUUGCAGCACUAUGGCCUCUACAUGACCGAGGACAACGACGACAUGGAAGACUUCCCGCCUCUAGACAAUCGCGAGCCUUGCUCAAAGUUUGGAUUUUCGCACCUGACUCUGGCAGAGCGGCGUCCCUUGGCGCCCGUCACCAGGGUGGACUACCCCGGACAGCUGGGCAACAAAUCGAUGACCUCCGAGGAUGAUAAGGCCACUUUGGCCGAUGCAGCGUUAAGGGCUCUGAAGAAUAUCACGUUAAACGGAGGAGCAGCCGAUCCAGGUGGAGGAGCAGUCGGAGGCGGUGAGGGAGAUGGAGACGUCGACGACAGUCCGCAUGACAAUGUCAAGGAGUACGAGAAGCGCCUGCUCAAUCACAACGAUAUGCUGGAGGCACCCAUGCAUCGCAGCUUCCGCCUAAACAUCAUCGACAAGCGUUUCUUCAAGUCCGACGUCACGUUGGGCAUCUCCGGCGAGAGGAUCGAGAUCGACCAGUAUAAGAAUGCCAAGUUCUGGCCGCAGAAAAAGCCCGUUUCCACGCCCAUCGAUUUGGUGGCUCAUUGCGAGAUUGUGGAGAGGCGUCACCUGAAGGCUCUGCUUCGUAUCUGGCUAAAGUCAAAUUCCUCCUCUUCCUCCCUGCCUUCCGGCUGCACCUCGGCGCCCAUCAAUGCCAGCGUGACCACGCUAAACACGGGCACGGGCAGCAGCAGUGCCGGGAUCGCCCACUCCCCAAGCAGUCCGGGAAACUCUUUCGGCUUCUUCAUGACCAGCAAUAUUCGAUUUAAGCACUACGACUUCGACACUGACACCCACACAGCCGAGCAGAUCAACAGCAAGCUCAACUGCAUCCUGGAGAUGCGGUCCAGUGAGCUGCGGCGGGAGUUCCUGCAGCAGCGUGAGCGCAAACAGGAGCGGCAGCAGGUGAAAAAGCAGCUAAAGUUGUAGUAUUUAUUCCUGUGGCGGUGUCUCCUGCGAGAAAAGCUGCUCGUGUGCCUAGCAAGCGGGCCUCUCUAUUCGCCAGAGCCACCGCCUCCUCCUUCGACUAAGCCUAAAUCCUACGCCUAAGCCUCCGCCUCCGCCUGCGCCUACCGUUCGAUAAGUUGUAUUAUGUAGUUGCUAACUAAAGAUUGUGUUACACAUGUUUAAAAUAGCCUGUAAGUAUUUAUUGAACACACUUAACUACGAAAGCCCGAUCCUGAAUAUAAACCCACGCAUUAAAGUUCA